GACAGAAUGAGUGAGAGAGAUAAACGAUAAACAGCUCAUAAACUCAUAAACGAUAAAAAAUUUAGCGUUAAAAUCUGAUGGUUUAUUGUUAUUUCCAGUAUUUUUAUUCAAUUAUCGUACUUUAAAUUGUAAAGAAGUUUGAUUACCUUCCUGUUAAAACUGUGGCGAAUAUUUUCUAUGUACUCGAUUACACCGGUUCACUCCGAUCAAUAACUGCAAACUGUGUUUCCGAGUUUGUGUUUGAUGGAAAUCGUGCAUCAUUCCGGAUUCUUGAAGUCUGAUGCGAGAGCAUUUUAGCCAGUUACAGAUACAUCACAGUAAUAUACAAACCAUGGCUUCGAAUUCUUCAAACGAUCAGCUGGGUGUAAAUAAAACAUGGGAGCUGUCGCUGUACGAGCUACACAGAUCUCCACAAAAAGCCAUCACCGAUGACACGGAAAUCGCGGUUUCACCUCGAAGCCUUCACAACGAAUUGAUGUGUCCAAUAUGUUUGGAUAUGUUGAAGAAAACGAUGACGACGAAAGAAUGUUUACAUCGUUUUUGUCACGAUUGUAUCAUCACCGCUUUACGUUCCGGUAAUAAAGAAUGUCCGACUUGUCGUAAAAAACUAGUUUCUAAACGUUCCCUUCGACCUGAUCCAAAUUUCGAUUUACUUAUUUCUAAAAUAUACCCGAGUCGCGAAGAAUACGAAGCUCAUCAGACUAAAGUACUGGAUAAACUAAACAAAAGUCACAGCCAAGCUGCUCUCGUAUUAUCCAUCAACGAAGGUAUCAAGAUCCAAAAUCAGAACCGUUUACAACGUAUAAAUAAGAAAAACCAAAACGACGAGAAUUCCGGUGUUGUUGAUUCCACUGUUUCUGAAACGAACCAGAACGACUCCCAAGUACCUUCUAGUACUUCGGCUUCAACGUUUCCGAAGACUACUCAAAAAAAUUCCUCGUUUGAUCAAGACGAUGUUGAAAGUGUACCCGGUACAUCGGGCGUUAAUUCGAACCCAGCUAAACCUGAAAUCAGCUCGGAUUCUGCUGAAAGUAUGACCGAGUCUGGAUCAGUCAGCGAGGGUAGUUGGUGCGGCCCAACGUCGUCUGAUGAAAUAGAACUCGUAUUUAAACCUCAUCCUGACGAGCAUAAUCGCGAAUUGAUUAGAUCUUUGAAAGAAGGAUCCAUCCGGUAUUUGAAAACUACAGCUAAUGCCACGAUGAGCCAUCUCAGCAAGUAUUUAGAGACCAGAGCGUCCAUAGAUUUAGGAUCCAUGUGGAAUAAUCGUGAAAUCACAUUCAGCGUUCAUAUUGCUCCAAAUCCAGGUCACUUUAUUAGUCUUAACGAUAACGAGUCGUUGAGAAACGUUGUCGAUAAUUAUUGGAGAAACAAUAAACCUUUAGAAUUAUUCUACAUUACUAAAAAGAAGAGUAAUUCCACCAAGUCGUAAAAUACUGGAUGAGUUGAAGAGUGUAUGAAGAACUGAGUAAUUUUUUAGUUUUUUUUUUCUUUAAUGUACUGUGCGUCUAUGUGUAAAGCUAAUUUUUACAUUUGUAAUGUUUUCAUGUAAAUUGACAUUAUUUUAAAUCAUUUUUGUAAUGUAAUUAUGUAUUAUUGGUGUUCGUAAAAACUAUAAAUUUUUUUGGUAUA